GCCUUUCGGCUCUGAUUUGGGGGUCACAUUAUGUACUUUUUCUGAGCCAUUGAAUGCCUUGGAAGCUUUUGGUGGUGGAGUUCCCUUGCGAGCGACUUUCGGCUUUAGUUUUGCUUCAAGUUUCGCCUUCUUCGCAGGCCUCGAAGAUAGUUUGGAAGCGAGUGCGCCCUUGCGUGCGGCGAGACUGCUAGGCAUGGCAGGGUGCGUUAGAGGCUCUUGGUCAACAGACACAAACAACAUUUCACUAAAUAUUUACGCCAUAUGAGUUGUCGGUCUCAGUGAUAUCCUUUCUGCUCGAUGCUUCGCCCCUUGCGAUGUAGCGGUCAUCUUAGAGCUUUGAACAUACUCGGAUAUCAUGCUAGAUUGAUAACUUCUCAAGCAACCUACGACAAGAAUGCCGACAUUAAUGCUCUGGUUUUCACAGCUUCUGAGACUGCAAGGAAGUCAGUUGGAACGGGUCCCCUUCGCGAAGUCUCUGUAGCUGUGAAGGACAAUAUAUGCACCUCGGAUAUGCCGACUAGUUGCUCUUCGCCGAUGCUUCGAAAUUUUCAUUCUCCCUUCGACGCUACUGUGGUACAGCUUCUCCGCUCUGCAGGUGCAGAUAUCAUUGGCAAGGCAAAUUGCGAUGAAUUUGGCAUGGGUUCAUUGAACGUAUAUUCCGUCCACGGUCCUGUUGUCAAUCCACAUGAACCCAAUGAGCGCCGAUCCGCUGGUGGAAGCUCUGGCGGUAGUGCUGCAGCUGUUGCAGCUGGCAUGUGUGACGUUUCAUUAGGUACAGACACUGGUGGUUCCAUUCGACUUCCCGCUGCUUACUGUGGUGUUGUCGGCCUUAAACCUUCCUAUGGGGUAAUCAGUCGGUGGGGCGUAGUCUCAUUUGCAGACAGCCUAGACUGUGUUGGUAUCAUGGCUCGCAGCGUGAAACAGGUACAACGGGUCUUUGGCACGCUUGGACAGUACGAUUACAGGGACCCAAGUGCUGCGACACCUGAAACGCGAGAGAAGGCUUCUCAAGCAUGCUCGCGUAGCAUGCAGGAAUGGCUCUCUAUUUCUCAAGGAGGAUCCUUACAAGGCCUCCGUAUUGGUAUCCCUCAGGAAUACUUUCCCGCAGAGCUUAGCUCGAGUAUCACAGAAUCUUUAAGACAUGUUAUUGAUGCUUUGCAAUCCCGGGGAGCUCAGGUCAUUCCCGUCAGUCUACCUUCAACACCGUAUGCUCUCAGCGCGUACUAUGUGAUCGCUAGUGCAGAGGCCAGCAGUAAUAUGGCACGAUAUGAUGGCGUUGAGUACGGACUACGCGUCGACCCACCUCCGGGAGCUGACACAACGAAGACUGCCAACGUCUACGCGCUUACCCGCUCGAAAGGUUUUGGAAAAGAAGUUCAAAGGCGUAUAUUGCUCGGCGCGUAUGCCUUGACAGCAGACGCCUUUGACAACUACUUCCUCCAAGCGCAGCGUGUCAGAAAGCUAAUCCGAGCAGACUUCAACAAAAUCUUCCAUGUUGCAAAUCCUCUCAACUCAACACACUCACCGGAACCUCAGUCAGAAGUGCGAGGUGUCCAUGUUCUACUGCAUCCCUCAGCGAUCCGAACGGCACCUCCACUAGAUGACGCCUUGAUCCGCGACGACGGUUUGGAGGCUUAUGUCCAAGACGUCCUUACUGUCCCAGCUUCGUUGGCUGGCUUGCCCGCGUUGAAUGUACCUGCUGGUUUGGCUGAAGAUGGUUGGCCUGUUGGGGUAAGCGUUGUGGCUCAGUGGGGAUGUGAUGAGAUGGCGAUGGAAGUUGGGAAGAUUAUUCAGGAAAUAGUUCCAUGAUUUGCGCAUCCGCACGCAUUAUGGUAUGUAGAUACCAUCGCUUUGUUUUCUUAGGCUCAUAAAGUGGUCAAAGCUAUCAGAAUAGUUGAAUGCCAACCACAUCCUUUCUUUACGUACAGUGCGAUGAGCAUUCCUCCCGACAGGCUACGAAGAUGCAUCAAGCCUACGCUCACCAUCAUGCUCCAAAGAUAUAGAAUCAGGACAAUGACUGCAAUAUAUUGUUCUAAACAAUCAGAGAGCAAUAAAUAACAUACAGUAUAAGUUGCAGGACGGAAUCCGAGGAUACAGACAUAAUGACUACAGAUGCAUGUAUUACGGGACAGGACAUAGAUAGCGUAAGCAAGCUAGAGCAAAGCCGAAAGCAAAAAUACAAUGUAAUGUGAGUUGCGAGUCGUAAAUAAUCGUAACAGUAACUAUAUCAUUCCAUUUGGUGGUUGGUAAUUACUCCCAUUGCCAUUAG